AGUGAGUACAUAGCAGCUUGUGAUGAAAGAAGAGCAUAUGUAACUGGGUUUACUGGCAGUGCUGGCACAGCUAUUGUAACUGAAAAUCAUGCUGCUCUGUGGACAGAUGGCAGGUAUUUCUUGCAAGCUGAGCAACAACUGGAUGGCAACUGGAUACUCAUGAAAGAUGGUUUAACAGAAACUCCAUCUGAGAGUAAAUGGCUUUGCAAUGUCUUGCCUGUUGCAAGUCGUGUUGGCGUUGACCCAUUCCUGAUGCCGUUUUAUUCUUGGCAAACGUUGUCCAAACAGCUCAAAUCUGAAGGCCAUAUAUUAAUUCCUGUUCAGCAAAAUUUAGUUGAUAUCAUAUGGAAUGGUCGACCAGAACCUCCUCUUAAAACUAUAGAAUGUCUUCCCAUUGAAUAUACUGGGAAAACAUGGCAAGAAAAGAUCACAAUUGUAAGGGAAGAAAUGGUUUCAAAUAAGGCAUCAGUGUUAGUACUUACAGCUUUGGAUGAGAUAGCAUAUCUUUUUAAUCUCCGAGGAUCAGAUAUUGAAUACAAUCCAGUAUUCUUUUCCUAUGCUGUUGUGACCUUGACAUCAGUUCACCUUUUCAUUGAUGAGAGGAAACUGACACCUGCUGUUAUUAAAUACUUGCAAGAGGGGGACUCUCACAAUCUGCAAAUGCAUCCUUAUGAGAGUAUAAUAGAUGUCCUCAGCUCAAUAUUUAAUGAUAUUGAUGAAGGUAAAAUUUGGAUAAGUGACAAAUCCAGUUAUGCUUUGGUGUCACUUGUACCUAAA